CUGGUGGAUCAGACUGGCACGACGCACAUAAAACACUAACAUCAUGGCGGCCACAACAAGACUCAUUUCAAGGUUGGCGCUGGUCACAGGAGGGGGCAGUGGGAUCGGCCGCGCGGUGUGUCAGCGAUUCGCCUCUGAGGGCGCGCUGGUGGUGGUGGCGGACCUGAACGAGGAGGCGGCCAAUGAGACGCUGCGCAGCCUGUCACGUGACCACAAAGUACAAGAACACAUGGCGUCGGCGGUGGACGUCUCGUCCAAGCAGAGCGUGGAGGACUUGGUGGAGAGCAUACAGCGCCGCUACUUCCAGCCGGCGUCGGUGUGCGUGAACGCGGCGGGAAUCACGCAGGACGACUUCCUGUUGCGGCUGGAGGAGGCGGCCUUCGACCGCGUGGUCGGCGUGAACCUCAAGGGGACCUUCCUGGUCGUUCAGGCCGUUGCCGCGGCGAUGGUGGCCAGCGGAGUAUCCAAAGGUUCCAUCGUUACCGUGGGCAGCAUCGUGGGCAAGGUGGGCAACAUUGGGCAGGUUAACUACUCGGCGUCCAAGGCAGGUGUGGAGGGAAUCACCAGAACGGCCGCCAAAGAACUCAGCAGGUACAGGAUCCGGUGUAACUGCGUCCUGCCGGGGUUCAUCUCAACCCCCAUGACUGACAAGGUCCCGGAGCGAGUGAUCCACAAGAUGACGUCGCUGGUGCCUCUGGGGAGGAUGGGCGAGCCUGCCGAGGUUGCAGAUGUUUGUUCCUUCCUGGCAUCGGACGACUCUCGCUACAUCACGGGCGCCAGCAUCGAGGUCACCGGAGGGCUUUUCAUGGGAUAGAGACGGCGUCGCCAUGGAUACACAGAACCUCUCAUUGGUCGAGCCAGCUGUCAAUCACGACGGCAGCGGGUGCCUUUUGGACUGUGGACGGCGGCCAUCUUUAAUUAAUUAUUAAUUCUGAAGAAAUCAACUUGAUUGCCUAUUUUUUUUGUAAUUAUUACAUUUGUAAAUGCUGUAUAUUUCUGAACGAUCCUGUAAUAAAUUACAAUUUGUAUAAAAACAUCCAGCAACAUUGUUUUGUAAACCUCUUCUGCUUUUUAUUGGUUUAUUUGGGCGACCUUUUUAAAAGAGAAACAGGCGACACAACAGCGACUCUUUUUAAAAAGGUUAUAUAUUACAGAAACAAGAAUUUAAAAAAAUUACUUACACACAUUAUAAAAUAAUACUUUUUCUUUUUUCCAGCACCAUGAUUGUUGUCAAAACAUUGUUUCUCCAACAAAAAUAAUAAACAUAAUGGAUCCGGUUCUGGGCGGUUCUCCGGACUCUUGGGGAAGGGAACCACCCACUCCUCCCUGCCA